AUUAUUAAUGAUAAUUAUUACCAUUACAGUGUCAAGCAAUAGUUGUGGGAUUUCUGGCAUCUGUAUUUGCCAUUGUUGUUGAUUGGAUUAAUGCAAGAAAAUUUGAUAUGAAUCAUGCUGUUCUUCUCUGUGCUAGUGCAUUAAUUACAGCUUCAAUUGCAAGUGUUGCUUUAGGUAUAGUGACUAUGGGUAUUGUAGUAUUUGCUCGUAAAUUUAAAAUCAAUCCAGACAAUGUAUCUACACCAAUAGCUGCUUCCUUGGGGGAUAUGACAACUCUAGGUUUGCUUGCUGGAAUCAGUGCUCUUUUAUUUCAAAGAAUAGAUGUAGAUUUAUGGCUAGCACCUUCCUUAGUGGUCGUCUUCAUGCUACUCAUUCCUUUAUGGGGUUUUAUUGCUCGAGGAAAUAAAUAUACAGAAAAAGUUCUUUACAGUGGAUGGAUUCCAGUUAUUAGUGCUGUAUUAAUUUCUAGUGUAGGGGGAUGCAUUUUAGAUUAUGCUGUAGAACGUUUCAGUGGCCUUGCUGUUUUCCAGCCAGUUAUUAAUGGUAAGUAUUAUUUAACUAGAAAUUCUUCCAUCAAGCAUGACUGAAUAUUUUUUUUGAGAAAGUAGAGAUGAAGAAUUG